AUGCUAAAUGUAAAUUUUCACUGGCAUCACAAAUUCCUGACUUUCGAUGACCUGACGUGCAGGUACCUGGGUGGAUUUUCACAUUGUGAGCAAUGUAACAAGCAGCUGGCGACCAAGACAGUACGCAAGUCUGCGCUGGCUACAGGAGGUGUGAAGAAGCCUCAUUGCUCCAGGCCCGAGAUGAUGGCCCUACGAGAGAUCCGCAAAUACCAGAAGUCGACGGAGCUGCUGAUUCGUAAGCUGCCUUUCCAGCGGUUGAUGCGUGAGAUUGCGCAAGGCUUCAAGUGGGAUCUCCGAUUCCAAAGCUCCACGGUGCUGGCAUUGCAUGAGGCGUCGGAAGCGUACUUGGUUGGUUUGUUUGAGGAUACAAAUCUGUGCGCUAUUCACGCGAAGCGGGUGACCAUCAUGCAGAAGCACAUUCAACUUGCUGGAUUCAAUGAGAUAAUGACGUCCUGUGUAUUUCAUUGCAAUCAGGUUUGGAGGCUGUGAUCCGUGGCACUAGCUUUCUGUGCAUUGACUGCAAAUUACUUUGUGUAGUAGGACAGAAAUGAACAUUGAA